CUUAAACCCGGAAGUGCAGCUCACGUAAGGCUCAGUAAUCUGAUCAUGUGAAACAAUCAGCUGGAUGAUCAAAACAUUUGUGUCAGGAUGUGUUGAGAUGUUUCUGGAGUUUAAGUUGAGCCUGCGGAUCAUCCGUGAGGAAUAAUGUCGGACCCUCACUCAUUUCUGGGCUGUGUGAGGAGGGGUCUGCGCUUCGACAUGUUUAAGGAUGUUGCUCGUCAAUAUCCGGUCAUCUUCUGCAUCUUCACGGUUAUGAUCUCCUCCACCAUCAUACUGAACCAGUAUCUCCAUAUUCUGAUGGUUUUCUGGUCAUUUCUGGCUGGAGUGAUCACGUUUUACUGCUCCCUCAGCCCAGAAUACCUGCUGCCCAAUAUUCUCAUCUCAAUAAAGACCAAGAGGAAACCUCAAGAACAGCAUGAGUUAUUCCCUCUGGGACACAGUUGUGCAGUAUGCGGGAAAAACCAGUGCAAACGUCACAGGCCUACCCUUCUGCUGGAGAACUAUCAGCCGUGGCUGAACCUGAAGGUGCCAUCCAAAGUUGAUGCCAGCAUAUCUGAGGUGUUGGAGUUAGUCCUAGAGAACUUUGUGUAUCCGUGGUACAGGGAUAUUACAGAUGACGAGGCGUGUGUGGAUGAGCUGAGGCAAACCAUCCGCUUCUUUGCUGCAGUCCUGGCUCACCGAGCACAAAGAGUGGACGUUCCUUCUGUGGUGAUGGACAAGAUGAUGAAAGCGGCUAUGAAGCACAUUGAGAUCAUCGCCAAAGCGCAGCAGAAAGUGAGGAACACAGAUGGUCUCGAGCAGGCCGCGCUGGCCGAGUACGGGGCCGAUCUGCACGUGGCCCUGCGGAGCCGCAAAGAUGAGCUGCUGUACUUGCGGAAACUCACAGAGCUGCUGUUUCCAUACGUCAUGCCUCCCAAAGCCACAGACUGCAGAUCUUUGGCUCUGCUGAUUCGGGAGGUCAUGACCGGCUCUGUUUUUCUCCCAAUAAUGGACUUUGUGGCUGAUCCUGACACAGUGAAUCACAUGGUGCUCAUCUUCAUCGAUGAUUCUCCACCUGAACCCGUGACGGACCCUCCAUCUACCCUGGUGCCCUUCCUGGAGAGGUUUGCAGACCCGCGCACAAAGAAGUCGUCAGUGCUGAAGCUGGAUCUGAAGGAGAUCAGAGAGCAGCAGGAUCUGUUGUUUCGCUUUAUGAGCUUCCUGAAGGAGGAAGGAGCGGUGCACGUCCUGCAGUUCUGCCUCACUGUCGAGGAGUUUAAUGACCGGAUCCUCUGUCCUGAUCUGAGCGACGACGAGAAGCAGCGUCUGCACGAGGAGGUGAAGAAGAUCUACGAGACGUACUGUCUGGAGGAGAGCAUCGACAAGAUCAGCUUCGACCCCUUCAUCAUCGAGGAGAUCCACAGCAUCGCUGAGGGCCCGUACACCGGCGUGGUGAAGCUCCAGACCAUGCGCUGCCUGUUCGAGGCCUACGAGCAUGUGCUGUGUCUGCUGGAGAAAGUCUUCACCCCCAUGUUCUGCCACAGUGAUGAGUAUUUUCGCCAUCUGCUCUGCGGCGCCGAGUCUCCAGCUAGAAAUUCAAAGCUCAACAGGAAUUUGAGUUUGGAUGAUUUAAGGAACACGUCAAAGCGCGGCGAGUCGUUUGGGAUCAGCCGUAUCGGCAGCAAGAUUAAAGGUGUGUUUAAGAGCAGCACGAUGGAGGGUGCGAUGCUUCCACAAUACGCCAUGAUUGAAGGAGAAGACGACACGGUGGAGGAGGCCGUGAUGGUGUUUGAGGACGACUCUCCAGGGCCCAUGGAUGCGGUCGGUACUCCGGGAACUCUGCGCAACCUCUCCGCUUGGACCAUCUCUAUCCCGUAUGUGGACUUUUAUGAUGAUGAGGUUAAGAAAGAGCGUAUUCCAGUCUUCUGCAUCGACGUGGAGCGAAACGAUAGGAAAAACGUGGGACACGAGACUGAGAGCUGGUCUGUGUACAGAAAAUAUGUGGAGUUUUAUGUGCUGGAAUCUAAACUCACCGAGUUUCACGGCCCAUUCCAGGACGCUCAGCUCCCCUCCAAAAGAAUCAUUGGACCAAAGAAUUAUGAGUUCCUGUCCUCUAAACGAGGAGAAUUUGAGGAAUAUUUACAGAAACUUCUGCAUCACCCUGAGCUGAGUAACAGCCAGCUGUUGGCCGACUUCCUGUCUCCAUUCAGCAUGGAGUCUCAGUUCCGUGACAAAAUGCUGCCAGAUGUCAACCUGGGAAAAAUAUUCAAGUCAGUGCCAGGAAAACUAAUCAAAGAGAAAGGGCAAAACCUGGAGCCGUUCAUCCAGUCGUUCUUCAGCUCUUGUGAAUCCCCCAAACCCAAACCCAGCCGGCCCGAGCUCACCAUCCUCAGCCCCACUGCGGAAAACAACAAGAAGCUGUUCAAUGAGCUGUACAGAAACAAUGCCAACCUGCCGGAGGGUCUGGAGAAAAAACACAACCAGAACUACUUCAUGGAGCUGAUGGAGGUGGAUGGAGCCUACGACUACAUGAUGUACAUAGGUCGUGUGGUCUUUCGGAUGCCGGACUGGCUGCAUCACCUACUGAGUGGCGUCCGUAUUCUCUUGAAGAGGACACUAGAGGCCUACGUAGGGCACUACUUCCAGUAUAAACUAGAGCAGAUCAUGGAGGAGCAUCGGCUCGUCUCUCUCGUCACCCUGCUGAGAGAUGCGGUGUUCUGCGAGAGCACGGAGGAAAGAUCUCCUGAAGACAAACAGAGACGAGCCAAGCAGACCUUUGAGGAGAUGAUGAACUACCUGCCAGAUAUAGUGGGGAAGUGUAUCGGCGAGGAAGCGAAGUACGACGGUGUCAAGAUGCUUUUCAACACUAUCCAGCAGCCGCUGCUCAACAAACAGAUGACGUACGUGCUGCUUGACAUCGCCAUCCAGGAGCUUUUCCCGGAGCUCAGUAAGAAUCAGAAGCAAGGUCUUUCCGUCUCCACUAGAUGGAUGUGAAACAUUAUUGGAGCACCGUAACUAAGAGCUUCUAAGAAUACAUUUAUUUAUUGACUCUAUUGGGGUGGUUUGACAUGAUUGAAUCAUUGGAACUCAGCCUUAUUUUUACACUCGUGCUUAAACUGGAUUCAGCACAAAAUGUCAUCAUCUGUAAACCAGACUGUUUUACACUCUAAAUUCUGAAUAUAUAGACCAAAACACACAGGUAUUGAGACAUUUCAUCUCGUUGUCAUGCAGUCUAGAUUUGAGUGCAGAUUUAAAGUCGUUUUUUAGUGUGUAAAUGUUCUGGCUUUUCAUUUGGUAAUAAAUGUUGAACAUAUCAA